AUUCACAUCAUUAAAUUCCUGUCAUUGUCAGGUUUGUGUCAAGGACCGGACAAGUGUUUACUUCCGGCUUCCUCUGUUUCCUAGGAAACCGCCAAACAUGGCUGACUAAUCAAAGCAAAAACAAACAAAAAAAGUAAAGUCGAGGGAGCGACGUUAAGACGAAAGAACGGACAGGUCGAGUGAGGUUCUUCCUUCAAAAGAAUAUGGAAGAGGCGGACAAUGGAUGUGAAUGGGACGUGGCGUCUGAUACAUGUGAACAGACAACCGACCAGCUUAGCUCUGAUGAGGGCACGGAUGGCAAGGAAGAGGAUGAGUUGAAGAUGGAUGACUUGAAGGAUGAAGAAGCAGAGGAGCUUCCUGAUCUGGAGUGGUUAGAAGAAUUGUACAAUUGCAAUUUCAUUCUGCUGACACCCACCACCCCUGCCCCCAAAAGUGAGAGCGAGAGUGAUGAUGACCUUGCCUGUGAGAGUGGUGAUGAGAAGCAGAGGACUUUUUCAGCGACAGCACGGAUGUUCAAGCUGAGACGGAACCUAGACCAGCUGGACAACUUCCACAGGCAGAAGGAGUGCGCUCUACUGAAAGCCAGAGAAGACCUCAACCUCUUACGUCAGAGCAUUGAGAGUUUACUGGAGCAGCGGGAUGUCUUGGAGCAAGAAAUAGAACAUCAAGAAGCAGCAGAGAACAGCGUGGCAGUUAUUCGUUUGCGGGCUCAGCAUCGAAAUCUGUGUUACGAGCUGCAGAGGGAAGAAGAGAUUGAGACCCACACCAACAAUGAGCUGAGGCAACAAGAAUUAGAGCUGAGUGAGGUUGAGCUGGAGGUUGGCAAGUUCUCCGUGUUGCGGCAGGAGGUGCAAGAAGAAGAGCGGGUCUUCAAGGUCUUCAAAGCACAGAAUGCAGUGAAAAGGCUGCAGCAGGAGAAGAACAACAGUCAUACCCUGCAGCGAAAGAUUCAACAACUCAAAAAGAAAAAUGUAGACGUGUUAGAGAAAACGGGGACUCUGAGCCAGAAGAAAAAUGAAGAUGGCCAGGCAAACCGCAAAGUCGGGGCUAAAUACUUGAGGGAAACGGUCAGAAGAAUGCAACAGCAGGAGGCUGAGAGAGAGCAGAGGAAGAGAGAGUCAAUGCAAAAGAGAAUAGAGGCUGUCAAGUUACUCAAAUCCAACAUUGAAGCGACCCAAGAAAACUUACGGGUCAGACAGAGCCGAGCCAAAGCAAACGCCCUGAAGAAAGAACGACAGGAGAAGCGUCUGAAAGAAACCCUGCAGGCCCAAGGGAUCAACAGCACCAGGCACAUAUACCAACAGAAACGAGACGAGGAGAUGAAACAAAAGCAAGAGGAAUUCAAGGAGAGACAGAAGGCGAGGAGAGUAGAGAUUGUGGACAAGCUCCUCGAGGAGCAGCUGGCGAAGAGUAGGAAAGCACAAGAGGCACCGUUACCAAAAACCAAAACCGGUCACAAGAUCCUUUCACCAGGCAGGAUACGAGAGAAGCUCCUGCGUUACCUGGAUUCUGUGCACCCGUCAGGCACAGAGAGAGAGACAACACAGUUAAGAAACUUAAGCGCUAGCGGCUCAUCGUCAGACUCGGAGUACCAGGAAGACAUCAUUCAAAAAGAAAUGCAGCACCUGAGCCUUCCCGACAGCCUGGAAGAGCCCGAGUUCUGUGGGCUAUGGGACCAAAACUUCAAGCCGCCCAUGAAUGAGAAGACAACGUUGACACCAACAGAUGUGAAACGAGAGCAUGCGGUGGUCUGCCCAAAGCUCAGCACAACCCCCAAGAAAGUUGUUAUUUUUCCAACAGAUGUGAAACGAGAGCAUGCGGUGGUCUGCCCAAAGCUCAGCACAACCCCCAAGAAAGUUGGUGGAAAACAGAUAAAAGGGCCCUCAUUCACGAGUAAACCAGAAGUCAUUCUAUUUAAGGACUUUGAAGUGGGAGAAACCUAUAAAAAGAAAGUAAUCCUGACAAACAUCAGCUACAUCACGAAUCACUGCAAAUUUCUUGGGAUCUCUGCUCAACUGCAGGAUUUUAUUAUGAUCAACUUUCAACCUCCUGGUCCUUUAUCGACUGGGAUGUCCUGUGAAAUGCACAUUACUUUCCAUCCUUCGAUCAAUGAAGACCUGGAAGGAGAGGUUGACUUUGCCUCAGCAGCAGGUCGCUUCUCUGUGCCUGUCAGGUGCACCAUCAAGAGAUGUGAUUUGGAGGUCGACAACCAGUUCAUUGACUUUGGUUCGCAUGUAGUGGGCCAAACUAUUUCACGGACUAUCACCUUGACCAACAAGGGCGCCCUCGCAACUCGCUUUAGCCUGGAUACUACAAAGCCUGUUCCAGAAAUUCACCAGGUCCAGAUGCCAUCCCAUCGCUCGGCCGACACACAGAAGUUAUUAUACAGCUUUCAACCUCCUGGUCCUUUAUCGACUGGGAUGUCCUGUGAAAUGCACAUUACUUUCCAUCCUUCGAUCAAUGAAGACCUGGAAGGAGAGGUUGACUUUGCCUCAGCAGCAGGUCGCUUCUCUGUGCCUGUCAGGUGCACCAUCAAGAGAUGUGAUUUGGAGGUCGACAACCAGUUCAUUGACUUUGGUUCGCAUGUAGUGGGCCAAACUAUUUCACGGACUAUCACCUUGACCAACAAGGGCGCCCUCGCAACUCGCUUUAGCCUGGAUACUACAAAGCCUGUUCCAGAAAUUCACCAGGUCCAGAUGCCAUCCCAUCGCUCGGCCGACACACAGAAGGACACAUCCACGCUCAACACUGAUCAAACCCAGAGCACGGCAUCCACCAGAGAAGUACACAGUAUGGAUCAUAUUUCGGACAGGUCGACUGUAUCCCGGAAAUGUCAACGAGAAUCACGGGUUUCAACUCCAGAUCCAAGAGCUGCUUCUGUGUCUUCCAGCAUGCAUUCCCAGAUCCCUGAGGCCCUGUCUGACACAUGUGACAUACGCAUUGGGAACGUAAGAGAAGGGGAUAUUGGACCUUUUGAAAGUGUCAAACUAGAGAUAAUAUUCUCUCCAACUGUUCCCGGGGAAGUCAAAUUGGACCUCUACAUCAAAUUUUCGGAUCCGACCAGCUGCCCUAUAGCCAUCCUGGUGAAAGGUGAGGGAGCAGGCCUCCCAGUGUGGGUAGUGGAGCCUAAUAUUGACAUGAAGAUCUGCAUGUUUGACCGCCUUUAUCAAGAGGUUGUCACACUCCAAAGCAGCACCAGCACAGCCUUGAAGCUUACUUUUGACCUGUGGCCGGAGAUGAGGAAGCACAUCGAGAUCAUACCGAGGACGGGCUUUCUCCAGGCUCAGUCAAGUUUCACCGCUCACCUCAAGUUUGUGCCAAGGAACACCUUACCCCAAGAUGCUAACAAGUAUUUUGACAGUGCUACUGGUGUCCUGGAGGUUCCAAUGACAGUGCAAGUUGCAGGGCAGGUGCAGCCUGUCAUUUACACAGUCCAAGCAAUUGUGACUUCGUCCGACUUGAAGUUUGGCCAGAGCGAGGUGGACUUUGGCUAUUGUUCUAUUUACCAGUCAGUCAAAAGCAGCGUACGCCUGACCAACAUGUCGCUGCUCCCUCAAGAGUUUGGUUUUGUUGGACUUCCAGAGUUCGUCGACGUCCAACCUAACGAUGGCUUUGGUACUCUUCUCCCGCAAGAAACACUGGAAAUUGAUGUGAUUUUCAGCGCUAACAAAGCAAAGGAGUACCGUUUCCAUCUCAGCUGUAAAUCCGGAAUUAAUCGAGUUUUUCCCCUAGCUUGCCGUGCCAUGGGUGUCUGCCCGACGUUGGCGCUCUCCCAUUCCCUGGUGCAGUUUGGACCCACGGCAGUCGGCGACCAAUCCACUGCUCUCCUUUACCUCACCUAUAACCAAACCGUGCGAAACCAGUCCAAACAACGACCCUCUGCUGGGGCCAGACUGUUUUCCUUCACCCCACCUCAAGACUCCAGCAUCAGAAUCACUCCCGCGGCAGGACGCCUGCUGCCUGGAAAGAGGUGUUUGGUCCUGGUCACAUUUCAUCCCAAAUUGGAAGACCGGGAUAUCAAGGAAGAGGCCCUGCGUCUCCUUCUCAAAGCCAAGCAGACCAAGGAGGACUCUAAAAAGCUCCUUGAUGAGGAGGCUAAAAGGGACGCGGAGCCCAGCAAAGGGAAGAAAUUGUCCAAGGGCAGUAAACUGUCAGAUUUCUCCUCCAAAACAUCAACCCCAGUUGAGACACCACCACCUGACAACAUAGAGGCGGGAGGUCAGAGGUUUGAGGAGGCGAGGGCAUCUCUGUUGCACUCCUUCACCUCACGCUACAGUGAGUACACUAUCCCUUGUUUCGUGUCAGACGGUGACCCUCCUGAGGAAGACAGGCAAGCCCAGCCAACAUGGAGUCCUCUCAAUACAGUCUACUUGAAGCUUCAAUGUCCUGCCAUACAGCCUCCUCUAGUGGUGGUCUCCAGCAAUAUCAGAAAUUACGCCUUGGAUUUCCAGCAAGUGGCAGUAGGUGAGCGGGUGACGAAAAGGUUUUCCGUCAAAAACAUUUCAGAAGAAUCAUUAGAGAUGAGGUCAUCAUUGCUGGAUAUAUAUGGACCCUUUUCACUUCUGAACUCUCUGAGAGGUGUAGGACCCGGAGAGCAACACACUCUGGUGUUGGCCUUCUGUCCUACAUUGGAAAAAAAGUACUGUGAGACUUUGGAGGUGCGUUGUCAGAAGAUGACCCUGGCCGUGACCCUGCGUGGUGAGGGAGUGGUACCUGCCAUCACCUCCUCCCAUUCUGGAGGUCUCUUGGACUUUGGUUACGUGCUGGAGAAGGAGAGCACCUCAUAUGUCCUGAAGCUCCAGAACAGCUCGGCUGUUGCAGUGGGUUUCAAGGCAAUGUUGUACAGUCUCUCGCCCUCCAAGACUAAGGGUGCUGAUGAGAGGGUGGCCCUGCUCUUGGGUGGUUACACAGACUCUAAAAUCCAGCCUGUGGUCGGGACGCAGAACUACAAUGGGCUUAGUGUUUUCAGUGUUCUGCCUGUGGAGGGAAGCAUUGCCGCAAGACAAAGCCAGGACGUCGUCGUCACAUUUCAUCCUGAUCACCCCUCCGCCAACUAUUCUGAUCAACUCACCAUUGAACUUGUCAAUAAGAGUAAAUUGUGUGUGCUGGAUCUGCGAGGUGCAGCAUCUUCACACAAUAUGUAUCUGCUUGGAGGGGAGCCACUGACAGUUCCGAUUGAAUCCCUUCUUCCUCCACUAAUAACUAGUCAGACUCAGCUCACAGGACAGUCAGAUGAGAUGGAAAUCCAAGUGCUGGUCACCCUGCGAGCCAGCUACAGCAUGGGGACCAUCAGACCUGCCGUCAGAAAGCUGCAAGUCGGCUGCAUACGGGCCAGUAAGAAGGGGAAUGACUUUAACUGGGACAACAUGGCAUCUCUGCAGCAAAAGGGUUUCAAUGUGGAGCCCAGCAAAGGCAACGUAGAAGCAGGCAACAGACGCACCAUCAAGCUCACGUGGAUCCCACAGAGUGGACACAAGCCCAAUGAAGUGGUACAGACGUGUGCCCCUCUCACGUUAAAAGGUGAUGAAACGAGGGUGUACAGCGUCACCCUCAUGGCUUUGGUCUCCACUCAUGUCGACUGAUUCCUUUUUUCGUGGAUUCUUUUUCGAAAAAAUAGUGCUGUAUUUGAGAGCGAGACAGAACAAUUAGAAACCACAAUGUUUUGCCCAACUCAUGUAGAUAAUACUAAAAUUCGAAAAAAAAUCUCAAUGUAAUGUGGUGGUAUCCUCCACAUUGUAGACUACAACCAAAAUAAACAUUUGAACAGAAA